AUGUUUGGAAGAGUCGCUAUUCGUGCUACUAGAGCCACUCGCGCUGCUGGUCCUUCCAAGGUUGCUCGCGCCGCAUUCACCGCGGGAGCAAAACUUCGCAACAUCGAGAUCAUCUCCGAGAAGGAGGUUUCCGCUGUUUCUUUCGAUGGCGGUGAGGCUAAGUCCUCUACUUUGAAGGUUGGGGACAAAGGUGAAGAAGAUCCCGCUCGAGUUGUCCCCUUGACACAGGAGAUGUACAAGAAGAUGACUCCAACUAUGCAAAAGGGUUCUAUUAUGGGCAAGGUUGUUAUUGUUACUGGUGGUGCUCGAGGAUUAGGAAAUUAUAUGGCUCGUGCUUGUAUUGAGGCAGGCGCAAAGGCAAUGAUCAUUUUCGAUGCCAACCCAGACCUUGGUGUUGAAUCUGCCGCAGAGCUUCACCAUGCGACAAACUCCAAAAUUCCCGUUGAAUUUUUCGCUAUCGAUGUCCGCGAUGCUUCUGCUAUCAAGAACGCCGUCGCGGCAGUUGUGCAGAAAUAUGGCGCUCCAGAUGUUCUCAUCAACUCUGCUGGUAUUGCCGAUUCCAACAUCCCAGCUGAGAAAUACGAUCAUGAUAUGUGGCGACGAUUGAUUGACAUCAACUUGACUGGUUCAUUCUUGGUGUCUCAGGCGGUCGGCAAAGCUAUGAUGGAGUCCAAGAAGGCGGGAUCUAUCGUCCUUGUUGCAUCUAUGUCCGGUUCUAUUGUCAACUAUCCACAAGAGCAAUCUUGCUACAACGCAUCCAAGGCUGGUGUUAUUCAAUUCGGCAAGUCUCUAGCUGCAGAGUGGGCCAAGUAUAACAUCCGUGUUAACUGCAUUUCUCCUGGUUACAUGGACACUGCUUUGAACAACGUCCCAGCUCUUGACAAGCAAAAGGCUAUCUGGAAAAGUCUCACUCCUCAGCAAAGGCUCGGAGCAGUUAACGAUCUCAACGGACUAGCUGUCUUCCUCGCAUCUGACUCCUCCGCUUUCAUGACUGGCUCUAACGUCAUCAUCGAUGGUGGUUACUCUCUUUACUAA